UCAAAAAAUUAUUAAAAUUUAAAACGCAAAUCACAUGUUGAUGUUGUAUAUGAAAUAAAUAUUUAUAAAUAUUUUAUAGAUAUUAUUAUUAAACAAUUUAGUUGAAUUUUAUAAAAUAAAACAUGUCAAAUCUUGGUAACUUGACAGCAAACGAGCUGCUAGCUGGAAAGAGUGUUUUAUCCAGACCAGCUGAAGAAUUUGAGAAUGAUUCAACAGUUGAAGCAUUGUGGGCAAUGAAAGCAUUUGAGCAUGCUGAAGUAUACUUUAACAUUCUUUGCUCAGUGGAUCCAAAAAUUCUUAAAUUAACAGCAUGUGAUGAUGAAAUAUACAAAAAAUUUCGUGAAACAUUUCCAACUUUGAAAGUUGAUAACAUCAAUGAAGAUGCUAUGAAGUCAGCAGAUGGAAAAAAUAGAUGGAGACCAUUUUGUGAGAGUUUUAAAGACACUGUUGAAGAUUACAGCAUGGGAACAUUAUUACGUACUGAUUGCAGUGAUGAUUACAAUGAACAAAAUAGUAUACUAUCAACAAGAAUACAAUUUUAUGCAAUUGAAUUGGCAAGAAAUCGUGAGGGACAUAAUGACAUUAUCAGAACUAAAUUUCGUCCAAAAAAACUUGAAAAAACAAUGUUUCAAUAAAUUUUCUAUGAUAACAAGAGCAACCCCGUGCCUCCAGCGUGUGAUUGUAUAUAUUCUUGUGUAUUUUUAUUGUAACCAUUUGAAUCAUCAUAAUUAAAAUUUUUAUCAAUUACUUUGUUUAUUUUUCAUAACUCAUUGGAUACCUCUUUGUCCAUUCAAUUAUCCUAAGCGAAGCUAUCAAGUAAUA